AUGGAUUCGAUUAACAAUAGUAAUAAUAGUACGACAGAUGCAGAUCUCAAUCUGCCUACUAAUUCACAUACUAUAGAGCCUACUAUAUACUCUACUCCAUCGUUAGUGUCUACUAAUUCUUCUACUGUAUCAUCUAAUUCUAAUACUACUCCUAACUCUACCUCUUUCGAAAAUAAUAAUAAUAAUAAUGAUAAUAAUGAUAAUACUAACCCCUCACUAAAAGCUCAGGCAUCUAUAAGAACUUUCAAUGAAAUGGAGUAUUCUGCUGAUCUUAAACCUUUGUCAUUUAAAAUGAAUAGGCAUCUUCCCGCUCGUACUUACACCAAUCAACAUAGCCGUGAUCAAAAAGAUCUGAUAGAUAUUCAAGAUGAUAGUCUGCAUUCAUUUAACUAUGUAAAGAAUAAUAUUAUUGUUAACCCAUCCACUCUCCAACUAAAAGAUUAUUCUAUAUUCGAUAACGAUCAGUUUAAAAGUUUUCUGGAGAAACCAAAAUAUAUCAAAAUUUAUCGCAACAUGAAAAAUAAAAAUAAAAAUAUAGGUGUCUUUAACAAACUGUUUCUGGCCCAAGAAUUAUGCAUAAAUAACAGCAAUAUCCAUACUCCUACUUCAACAACUACACCUUUUUUUUCCACUAAUAAUAAUUCAGACAGAUCAAAUUCUAAAAAAAUAUUGGGUGGUGGUGGUGGUAGGCUCUCCGUGUCAUCUUCUGAUUCAAAUAAUAUUCAUUCUAACAAGUAUACUUAUAAUAAUAACAGUAAUAGCAACAAAAAUUCUUCAUCAAAUAAUUGUACAAGUAGCAAUGUCAAGGGCAGUGUCAAUAGCUCUCUAUAUAUAAUGUCAUUAAAGUUUAGUGUCAGUGGGAAAUAUAUGGCCGUAGGAUACAAAGAUGGGUCUAUUAGAGUGUGGAAAGUUAUAUCUUCUCCAGCAGAGAGGUGGGAAUUAAAUAACAUCGCUAACGAAGAUCAAGAUUUUCUGCUAAAAAAUAAAAGAAUCAAUCAAUUGGUCCAUGGUACCACUCAUUCAACUAGCAGCAAUACUAAUAGCAACAGUAAUAGCAGGGUCUCAUUUGAAAAUUCUUGUCCAAAUACAACAGAUGGUGAUGAGGUCUUAAGUCUCUAUGCUCCGGUUUUUAAUCCAAUUCCAAUAACCAUAUUUAUAAAGGGACACCUUCAAGAUAUUCUGGAUAUGGAUUGGUCCAAAAAUGAUUUUCUUUUAACUUCUUCAAUGGAUAAAACUGUCAGGUUAUGGCACGUGGAAAAAUCACAAUCGUUGAAAAUUUUCCCCCAUGUCGAUUUCGUGACAAGUGUAAGGUUCCAUCCAAAGGAUGAUAGAUUCUUUAUUUCUGGUUGUUUAGAUCAUAACGUUAGAUUAUGGUCCAUUAUUGAUAACAGUGUGUGUUUCAAUUAUAAUUGUCAUGACUUGAUCACUUCUUUAACAAUCGCAAGUGAUGGAGAGGUAACUAUCGUAGGUACCUUCAAUGGAUUCAUUCAUGUCUUAGAGACAAGCACUUUAACACCAGUUACAUCGUUUCAUAUCACGGAUAAGUCGACUCAGGGGAUUCAUUCUAGAAGUUAUGAAAGCAUGGAUCUCAAUGGGAAAGUGUUUAAGGGACCCAGGAUCACUGGUAUUGAAUUUAUUGAGGAUGAAGCAAGAGUCUCUAGAGAUAGACAAAUUAUUGUCACUUCAAAUGACUCAAGGAUACGGGUAUUCGAUAUCAAAACGAGGAAAUUGUUAGAAUAUUUGAAAGGCUUUAGUAGUGGAUCAUCCCAACACUUAGCUCAAUAUGUCAAAUACCAUAAUAAAGGCAUUGUGGUUUGCAGUAGUGAUGAUCAUUGGGUUUAUGGUUGGACACUGCAUUCUGAUAAACAAAAUGAUAUUAAGACUAAGAAUAAUCUUAAUGAUAACGGCAUGAACCAAAUGGCAGACCAAGAGAGGACAAAGAAAAAGAAAAAUGAAGUUUUAAAUCUCUUUAAUAGUAGUUCUAAAUUAUUGCCAUUAAAAUUUUCGAAAGUGUUUCCCAAUAACAUAACAGGUAAUGAUAGAUCUGCUAAAAAAAAUUCAAAGUAUUUAUCGUUUCAUGCGCAUCAUCAUGCAGUAACUACUACAGUCAUAGCGCCAGAGACAACAUCCAAAAUUCUAUCAUUAUCGAAUGAUUUCAUUUGUGAAAUAACGUUACAAUAUUUAAGGGAAUUAAGGAAUAAUAACGAAUUAGAUGGAAUGGAUGAUAAGUCAAAGAAUUUAUUAGGUGAUAAAUUAUUGAACUCAGCAAUAGAAUACAAUUUACCAGAUUCAACUAGUAUAAUUGGUCCUAUUAUUGUGACUAGUGAUUCGCAUGGUAUAGUCAGAAUAUUUAGAUUUGAUAUGCGUCAGGAUGUUAGAGAUGGUAUCUUAGAUCAAUUAAAGAAACAAGAUUAUAUUAUGAGGCAUAAUUUCAAUAACAAUGAUAGUAUUGAUACUAAUAACAAUAUUACUAUUACUCCAAAUACUACUAAAAGUAAUAGUUUUGAUAUGUUAGAUCAUUCUGUAUUUUCUUCUAAUAGAACAUUGACAGGAUCAACAGAUUUGGAGUCAAAGGAAUCGAAUAAUAUUUCUUUGGAUAACGGUAAUGAGACUAGUCAUAAUAGUGAUGGUGCUGAAAAAGAUAAUGUACAUGAUGGUGAUGGAGAUGACAGUAGCAAAAUGAAAAAUGCAUCACAUGUUGAGAAUAUUUCUGGUGAUAAAAAUACAAAUGGUAAUAAAGGGGGUAAAAAUAGUGGUGGGUUAUGUCCCAGAAAGAGCAAUGUUUCUAAUCUUUUCACAAAAUUAAGUACCGGUUCUGAUUCAAGAAGUAUGAUAGAUUCAAGUCGUUCCACUGUAAGAAACGAUAAAUCUCCACUUAUGAAUGAUACAAGUAAUAUUGGGAUGUUUCCUAAAAUUGUAGAAGAGGGGAAAGGUGGUCAUUCCAUCAUGGGGAAUACUUAUAGUGCAUCUAGUUCAAGAAAUAAUACGAUUAAUAGUAUCUCAGCAUUGAAUUUACGUUGUUCUACAUGCAAUGGUACUCGAUUUGAACCAAUACGGAAGAAUUCUUUAGGCCAAAGGGAGAUGAAUUAUCGUUGUAUAGACUGUAACACAAUACUGAAUAAUUUCAGAUGA